AUGCGCUCAGAAAAGGAUGAGAAAACCCACACCAUUCAAGCACAAAAGGAUAACACUGUUUUGGUAGAAGAUAAUGUGCACAAGGUUGAGCCCUUCACUAAUAUUGGAACUUCCAAUUAUGGUCUAACAAAGAAGAGAAAGAGUGAACUGCAACUGGAAGGAAUAAGUGUAAAAGGACCUGACAAUCAAUGCAGUUUACAGCAUGCUGAAAACCAAACUCAAGAACAACAAGGGUUAGAAGAAAUUCGUAUAGAAGAAAUUGGUGAAGAAUAUCAGGAGAUAACAAAAAAGGGUAACUCAGUGCAAGUAUUGCCAUAUGGUGACAACUCUAGGGAUGAUCUUCAAAAAGAAAGAGGAAAAAUCAAGACCUACAAAUUGAUAAGUCAGUACUCAUCUGUUUUUUCUUUGAUCUAG